CUGAAAAUCCUGUUCCCUGUUCAACUAGUCUGGGAGAUGCGGGACCUGCCAGCUGCAGAGGCGAAGCUCUGGAUUUAUCAUGGGGCACGGGCUCAGCAGUUUCUCAGCCUCCGAGCUCGACAAAUUCAUAGAGGAUUACCUCCGUCCGGACACCACCUUUGGUGCUGAUGUCAAAUUAGCCAUCGGAGUCGUGUGUGAUUUCCUGAAAGAGAGAUGCUUCCAAGAUGCUGCCCACCCAGUGCGGGUCUCCAAGGUGGUGAAGGGCGGCUCCUCAGGCAAAGGCACUGCGCUCAAGGGCAGGUCGGAUGCAGACCUGGUGGUGUUCCUUAACAAUCUCACCAGCUUUGAGGAGCAGUUAAACCGACGAGGAGAGUUCAUCAAGGAAAUUAAGAAACAGCUGUACAAGGUUCAGCGUGAGAGACAUUUUGGAGUGAAGUUUGCGGUCCAGAGUUCAUGGUGGCCCAACGCCCGUUCUCUGAGCUUCAAGCUGAGCGCCCCCCAUCUGCAUCAGGAAGUGGAGUUUGAUGUCCUUCCAGCCUUUGAUGUCCUGGGUCAUGUGAGCAUCUAUAGCGUGCCUGACCCCCAAAUCUACGCCAAUCUCAUCAGGAAGUGCAUCUACCUGAAGAAAGAAGGCGAGUUCUCCACAUGCUUCACGGAGCUCCAGCGGAACUUCCUGAAGCAGCGCCCAACCAAAGUGAAGAGUCUCAUCCGCCUGGUCAAGUACUGGUACCAUCUGGAGAAACUGGGGAAGCCGCUGCCCCCACAGUACGCCCUGGAGCUGCUCACAGUCUAUGCCUGGGAGCGUGGGAGUGGAUUUGUUGAUUUUGACACAGCCCAGGGUUUCCGAACCGUCUUGGAACUGGUCACUAAGUACAAGCUUCUUCGAAUCUACUGGACAAUGUAUUAUGACUUUGAACACCAGGAGGUCUCCAACUACCUGCACAGACAGCUCAUGAGAAUCAGUCCUGUGAUCCUGGACCCGGCUGACCCAAGAAAGAACGUGGCUGGUUCUAACCCAAAGGGCUGGCAGCGCCUAGCAGGAGAGGCUGCUGCCUGGCUGUGGUACCUGUGCUUUAAGUACAGGGACGGUUCCCCAGUGUGCUCUUGGGAUGUGCCGACGGAAGUUGAUGUGCCGAAGCAGGAGAAUCACUUUUUUCGUAAUUUCUGUCUAUUCUUUCUGUUUUUGUUUCUUUUCAUAUUUUGGAGGGCUUCUUAUUUGGCCUGGGUUUCGUAAUCCUCCUGCCUCAGUGCUGGCGUGACUGCAGUGUAGGCCUGCUGUGCCCUGCCUUCCCUCCAUCCUCAGGUGGACAAGAACUGGUCAUGCAUUGUCUUGUGAGCCCAGCAGGACCUGCUCAGGGGGACCCAGAGUCAGGGGCAUGCCCUGCUCUGCUGCAGGCCCUUGACCUAGAGAGGGCAGGAUGCUAUCCCAGGCCCCAGUGAGGGAGGGUCCAACCUGUGGUCAGACUCCAGCCUUCUGACCGCUGCCUUCCCACCCUGCAUCCUGUCCCAUCACAGACAGCCUUCCUCACAGGCUGCUUCAUCUGCCUCGUCCUCGGACAGUGUUCUCUGGGAGACAAGAGAUUCAGAAGGGGAGACGGGAACUCAGGCUUGAUCUCUACCUGUUGGGAGGUCUGUCCAAUGUCUGAUGCCCAACAAUAAACCACAGCAAGGCAUGAAUGUGUGUGUGUGUGUGUGUGUAUCAUUCUGUCUGCAUUUAUAUGUAUGAGGAUGUGUAUGUGUAUAUGUAUGUGCUUGUCUCUGUGUGUCUGUGCAUGUAUGUGGAUGAGGAAUUGUGUGUCUCUCUGUGUCUGCAUGUGUGUAUAUGAGGAAUUGUGUAUGUGUGUAUCUCUUUGUCUGCAUGUGUAUGUAUGAGAGCAUCUGUGUGUUCGUCUCUGUGUGUGUGUCUGCAUGUGUGUUCAUGUCCAAAUAGUUGUACUUAUUACAUUCUCCGUGUGGGUCCCGGUACCAAGUCCUCAGUGGUGGACAUAGCAGUACCAAACUGACACAACUUUUGGUGCCAGGUAGCCGGGGAUCCUUCCAGGUCUCUUCUUAUACAUAAGCCCGAGAUAGGGAUUCUUAGUUCCUUCUGAGUUCCCAAGCAACAGUAAUUUCUACUGGGAAUAGUCCAGAGCCAGUUUUAUAAUAAUGUUGAACAGAAUAAAAUGAUGCUUCAGUAUUAUUCAUACCCAAAAGACAGCAUAUCUGACUUCUGCAAAGAUAUGAGACUUGGCAGAACUUAAACAUCAGAUUUCAUGGAGCCCAUGAGAGGGACAGAGACUGAGCAAGGCUCUGGAGUGAGCUGGGAGACAGGACUAGUUAGUGAGGUAGGACUAGUUAGUUGGGAAACAGGACUAGUUAGUGGGGAGUUAGCUGGAAGGCAGGAAUAGUUAGUGGGGAGGUAGGAUUAGUUAGUUGGGAGAUAGGACUAGUUAGUGGGGAGGUAGCUGGGAGACAGGACUAGUUAGUGAGGAAUUAGCUAUCUGGGAGACACGACUAGUUUACAUUUUUCAAAACCUUUUUUUGAUGUUUUAUAAAACACUUUAACCUCCCUUGUAGCCCACCACCCACCAGAGGUAGUUGAAAAGAAAGGAAACGGGGGAGGUGGAUCUGUUUAGAAAAGUUCUUUGAAGCAACUUCUGUCUGUGUUGCCUGGAAAUUGGCAGUUCAGUUCACAGGUUAGCAGGCAGUGGCAGCUCCAUCCACUCACAACACAGCAGCAGUCCCGUUUGGUACAGUCGGGAUAGCAAACACGAGUCAGCACAGUGGCAUGACCUCGCAGAGACAGCCAGGCUUCAGCCUUGGUUCAUGUUAGCAAGAGAGACCAGGAGGGACGCCAGGGUUCUCAGCUGUGCCUCUUGGGGAAGCAAAGAUCAGCAAAGACAGAGACCCACAAGCUUUGAACAGCUACCUCUGUAAGCCAGCCUGGCCCAGCCUCUGCCAGUGUCUGGAGAUUCCUUUUUAUUCGCCCUCCAAACGUCACGUGUCCUCCACGGGUGUUGCCUCAGCACCUGCCAU